UUGUUUAGAUCGGGCGUCGCCAUGUUGCGGAUCCUUUCGGCCUUGUCGGGCGAAGUGCUGGUGGAGCUGGCAUUGGAGGAGGUCCAAGUUUUAUCGUCGAUUCGGGAUCUCAAGCGCUUCCUUGUGCCGAAGACCAACUUCACGGUCUUUCAGCAGCGCUUGUUUCGGGAAGAUCAGAGCGAAUGUUUGGAUGAGGAUUCGUUGGAGCCCCGGUCGCUGCAGCUGGUGCUCUUAGCGUAUCCUCCUGCAGAUGCUGCUGAAGACAAGAAACUCUUUACUGCCUGCGAACAAGAUCAACCGGAGGAGUUGGAGCAGAUUCUUCGAUCCCCCCGGGAUCCUCGGGUGGUCCUGGCUGGCAAGACCGCCUUGCACGUAGCGGCACGGCACGGCAGUGUGGCCUGCAUCCAGCUACUCGUGGAAGCUGGGGCGGAAGUCGAACCAGAAGAGGUCUACACCUCGCCCCUGCAUGUGGCAGCUCGCCACGGUCGUGCGGAGGCUGCGCGCUUGCUACUGGACCUGGGGGCCGAGAAGGACUAUAGCAGCAACAUGCAGGAAACGCCCUUGCAUCCUGCGAGCCGUGAGGGCCAUCUGGAGGUUGUUCGGGUGUUGCUGGAGCGCCAAGCUCUUCCCGACCAGGCGGAUGAGGAUGGCUUGACGCCACUCCACCACUGCGCGCGCAGUGGCCACCUGGACAUCGCACGGCUGCUGCUGAACGCCGGGGCGGCCCGGGAUCCGCUGACGGCGGGAGGGGCAGCGCCACUGCACUGGGCUGCCGCAUAUGGCCAUGUGGAAGUGGUGAAGUGCUUGGUAGAGGCAGGGGCGCGGAUAGACAAAGCUCGAGGAGACGACCGUAGAAGCCCACUGCAUAUGGCAGUGCAGCAUGGUCAAUUAGAGGUGGUACGCUUUCUGCUGCAGGGGGGUGCGGACCACAACAAUGCCACCCUGGUGGAGGGCGCGACUCCGCUGCACUGGGCCGCAGUGAAUGGGCACGUGCAGAUGGCGAAACUGCUGCUGGAGGCACGGGCCGAAUUGGAGAGAAAGACCAAGGGAGGCUUCAGUGCGAUGCACAUGGCGGUGCGCACAGGGAACAUGGCUUUGAUGCGCUUGCUGGAGCGUGGCGCCAACGAUGCGCGACAGAAGCGACGGAAAUGCAGCGCAGGGUAGAAAA